UAUUUCGCGCCGCUGUCAGUUGACUCGAUGGCAGCACCAUCUUCAUCCGGUUGUCAAUUUACGGACAACCUCUUAUUCUCUACCUUCUUUUUAAAGUGAAUCGCAUAGGAAAUGGCUCCAAAAAAGCCAAAAUCUACGGAAAAAUCCGGUCAAAAAGACGAAAAAAAGAAAUCGACGACCGCGUCAUCGAGUUCGACAUCAUCGGGAUCUUCUAAAACUCCGGCCCCUGCCCCAAAAGCUGCAGCAAAAGCUUCUACUGCUGCGUCAAAACCCCCUGAAAAAAAGCCAUCCGCCAGCAAAGCAUCUGCUGCAAAAUCAGCUCCGAAACCCUCUAAUAAAGCGGCGGCACAAACACCUAAAGCAAAGGCAACAACAAAAACAGCUGCUAAAGGAAGUACUAAGCCUGCAGCCAAAGGUGCUGCCAAACCUGCUGCAAAAGGUGCGGCCGCCAAGAAACCGGUGCAAAAGCAACCUGCAGGUAAAGCUAAAGUGCCCCCCAAACCACUUUUGGCCAAGCCAAAGAAGGGAGUACCGGUUAAACAGCAAAAAGGGAUUGUUGGCAAGAAAGCUACAGUUGUUGCAACUCCUGUUGCCAAAGCUUUAAGAAUUAAGAAGAAGGUUAUUAAAGGCCCGAAUGGAACUCAUAGCCGCAAAAUCCGUACCUCAGUACACUUUCACAGGCCAAAAACACUUAGACCUCCAAGGAACCCUAAAUAUCCAAGGAAAAGUGUGCCGAGCCGUUCUCGUAUGGAUGCAUACAAUAUCAUAAAAUAUCCAUUGACUACCGAAGCUGCUAUGAAAAAGAUUGAAGACAACAAUACCCUAGUGUUUUUGGUCCAUACAAAGUCAAACAAGCACCACAUUAAAGCAGCGGUUAAAAAAUUGUACGAUAUCAAUGUGGCUAAGGUGAAUACCUUAAUUCGGCCUGAUGGCAAAAAGAAAGCCUACGUCAGAUUGGCAAGAGAUUAUGAUGCGCUGGACGUAGCCAAUAAAAUCGGGAUAAUAUAAUUUCGAUUUGUACAUUUUAAGGUAUUAAUAAAACUGACUAUAAAAAUA